AUGGUCGUGAGCCUGAAGUCGAAGCAAGUCCCGCUUCCGGUGCCUGGUCUCACGGAAGAUACAUAUAUGGGUCACCAAUGCACCGACGCAUGCAGAAGUGGUCGCCACGCCUGCGGUUACUGCUCAAGAACCGUCAACAGGCCCAGCGACGUCAAACGUCAUGUCGUGAACUCCCACAUCGCGAUCGAACGUCAAAAUAGACAUCACAAGCUAUUUUUUUGCACCUUCGAAGGGUGUGACGCGGACAUUGCAAUCAACGGGGCACGCGGCAAACAGAGCUAUGAGAUCCACAUGAGGGCGCACCUCGGCAUAUUCACCCCCUGCCCGUGGUGUGACUUCUCCCACACUGACCCCGCGAGGGUCAGCAGACAUAAGAGGAAGAAGCACCCGACUCUAUUCGAAGAGCAACUGGACGCUGCGAAGACCAGUCAGUCCCAACGCGAGAAACAGCAGGCCUCCUCCUCCUCCUCCUCCUCCUCGGGCGCCGCUGCAGCGAAACGUCGCGACGCUCGUACGAUACGUCGCGCCGAGCGCGGUGUCGGCUCUUCCUCCAGCGUCCAGGACAUGGGCACCCGCUCGUCCGUCAAUGUCGAGUUCACGAUCCCACCUCUCAACCUGGAGAACUUCCAGCUCCCCGUCUUUGGCCUCGAGCCCGUCGCAAGCACCAGCGCUAGCCAGACGAUGCAGCUGCCAUCGGAAAGCUCCUACUUCCUUUCCAGCCCCUUCGACUCCGGCAUCCCCGUUCAUAGCUUCAACGGAGGCGUGUUCGCCCCCACGCCCGGCAGCAGCGGCAACAACACAGCCCAAUCGCGCGCACAGUCGACGUUCACGUACGACUUCACCUAUCCCGGCUUCAACAGCGGCCUCGGUUUGGAGUUCUCCCCCUUCACCCCUGCUCAGUACCCAAACCCACUCUUCACGAACGAGUUCGACGCCACCUACUACAUCUCCCCAUACCAGACUCACAGCGAACUCCCGCCGGACGCCUUCUACCCCUCCUCUGGGUCCGCGUCCCCGUACGCGGUCUCUGACGAGUACGGCUCCCCCGCGUCGAUGGACUCCCCUGGGCCCAUCACCCCUCCCGGCUCGCUUUCCCCAGACUUCAGCAACGUCCAGAUGACGCCUUCCUUCCUCGCCAAGGACAUGGCCGACCUUACUCUGGACCCCUCCAUGAACUGGGACCAGAUGUCGUGGUCGACGGUUGGCUACUAG